UGCGUUGUAGCGAUGCUACGCAGUAGUGACUCUCCGCAACACCUCUUCAAGAACAGGAAACAAAACAAGUGUGUCAUGUGAUUAAUGAUUGUGCCUCUCGUGUAGUGUGUAACAAGCCUAGUUGAAGCUGUCGAGCACUCUGCAUAGCACCAUGGCUGAUGAUUUGAAGAGAUACCUGUACAAACAGUUGCAAAGUGUGGAAGGUCUUCAUGCUAUUGUAGUGACAGACAGGGACGGUGUCCCAGUUAUUAAAGUUGCCAAUGACAACGCCCCGGUCCACGCUCUGAGACCUGGCUUCUUGUCCACUUUUGCUCUGGCCACAGAUCAGGGCAGCAAGCUGGGCCUCUCCAAGAACAAGAGCAUCAUCUGCUACUACAACACCUACCAGAUUGUGCAGUUCAAUCGGUUACCGCUGGUCAUCAGUUUUAUUGCCAGCAGCAACGCCAACACAGGUCUCAUCAUGAGUCUGGAGAAGGAGUUGGCUCCACUCAUAGAGGAGCUGAGGCAGGUGGUGGAGGUGACAUAAGCUCGGACAGUCUAAUGGUGCAGUCACUUCAUCUUCAUCUGUUUACGUCAUGAUGGAACUUCCCUGUUCACUUUUCCUUCUGUUGACUUUACUUUCUGCCAUUUUCUGUAGAAUGUAACCUGCUUCUCAUCAGCAUUUUCACAGCUGAAACAGUUUAUAUGUCCAGUCAAAUGUCAACAAGUCUGAAUAAAUGUUUCCAUUUUAGCAACUUAAGUGAUUUCCCUGCCUUAUUCAUUAAGGUUUCAUGUAACAAUACACAUUGUUCAUCCCGUAGUUUUAAGGUAAAGGUCAGUUUCUCCAUAUACUUUAUUUCCCUGACAAUUACAUCCUCCAGAUGCCUGAAUGUAUUUAAGACAUAUUCCUAUACUUUAAGUUAAAACCUUAUGUAGAUAAAUAUGGAAACAUAAAACCGUAUGAAAAUAUACAAACUUUUAUUACCAGAGAAGCUCUUCUGCUUCAAAUUGACUAAUUCAAUUAACUCCUGCUGCCCCUGAGAUCAGUGCUACACAAGUUAUUCAUUUAACGUUGACAUUGAAACAUCAUGUGCACGGACACAGGUCACCUGACUACUACUUUUUAAAUAAAUCAUGAUUCAGUGAUAUGCAAUAUUUACAGUAUUAAAACAAAGGUUUCACAGGAGAGAACCGAAUGCUUUGCAUUUAGUAAAGGAUGACAACAUACCUGCACCUCAACUCUAAAUAAAUCAUUAAGACCCUGAGUCUUUACAUCUUUAUGGAAAUUAAUUAAUGUAUUUCUUUUUAUUCAUUGGAUUCAAUGUAUUAUUUUCAGUCCUGUAGCUUUUUGUUUCCAUGUCUGAAAUGUAGAUUUUAAUAAAAUGAAUAUAAUAA